ACCACUGCGAACAGCUGUUUGUCGAUUGUGUGAGUCAGUGUAUUUAGAAAAACUUGAAUUUUGCGUGAUAAACAUUUAAUUGCAAUUUGUUUGUAAAUACACAAUUUGUGCUGCAUAAAAUGGCAAGUGAAAUGGCGCAUAAAAUGAAGGCCAUCAAAUGCCCAACGGACGAACAAUCGCUGACGAACAAGGCGAUUGUUAACAGCGCUGAUUUCACCGAGGAAGUCAAAUAUGUGGACAUUUCACCGGGUCCCGGACAGCAUUACAUAUUCGCGCUGGAGAAGAUCUCGGAUCUGCCACGUGGCCAUGUGGGCUUUUCGCUGGUGCAGCGCAAGUGGGCAACCUUGUCCAUCAACCAGGAGAUCGAUGUGCGACCCUACCGCUUCGAUGCCAGCGCUGACAUCAUCACACUAGUCUCCUUCGAGACGGAUUUCCUGCAAAAGAAAACCAUUACCCAGGAGCCUUACGACUCUGAUGAAAUGGCCAAGGAAUUCAUCAUGCAAUUCUCGGGUAUGGCCUUGACAGUUGGACAAACCCUAGUCUUCCAUUUCAAGGACAAAAAGCUCCUGGGACUCGCUGUCAAGACCCUGGAAGCCAUCGAUCCGCGCACUGUGGGCGAUGGCAAAGAGGCAAAGACACGUAAUGUGCGCUUUGGACGCAUUCUGGGCAAUACUGUAGUGCAGUUUGAGAAGGCCGAAAACUCGGUGCUGAAUCUCCAGGGACGCUCUAAGGGCAAGAUUGUGAGGCAAUCCAUCAUCAAUCCCGACUGGGACUUUGGCAAGAUGGGUAUUGGUGGCCUGGACAACGAGUUCAAUGCCAUCUUUCGACGUGCCUUUGCCUCACGUGUCUUUCCUCCUGAGCUCGUUGAGCAAUUGGGCAUUAAGCACGUGAAAGGUAUACUGCUCUAUGGGCCUCCAGGAACGGGUAAAACUUUGAUGGCGCGACAGAUUGGCACGAUGCUCAAUGCACGAGAACCCAAGAUUGUGAAUGGUCCGCAAAUUCUUGACAAAUACGUUGGCGAAUCGGAGGCCAAUAUCCGACGUCUAUUCGCCGAGGCGGAGGAGGAAGAAAAGCGACUGGGACCUAAUAGUGGACUGCACAUCAUUAUCUUCGAUGAGAUCGAUGCCAUUUGCAAGGCACGUGGCUCAGUUGCAGGAAAUAGUGGUGUUCACGAUACGGUCGUUAAUCAACUGCUUGCCAAGAUCGACGGCGUGGAGCAGCUGAACAAUAUUUUAGUGAUUGGUAUGACAAAUCGUCGGGACAUGAUUGAUGAGGCGCUGCUGCGUCCCGGACGUCUUGAGGUGCAAAUGGAGAUCAGUCUGCCCAAUGAGCAGGGACGUGUGCAGAUCCUCAACAUACACACGAAGCGCAUGCGCGAGUUCAACAAGAUUGCAGGCGAUGUUGACAACACAGAGAUUGCAGCGCGCACGAAGAAUUUCAGCGGCGCUGAGCUUGAGGGUUUGGUGCGCGCUGCUCAAUCGACGGCCAUGAAUCGUUUGAUCAAGGCCGACGCCAAAGUGCAUGUGGAUCCCGAGGCCAUGGAGAAGCUAAAAGUGACACGUUCUGAUUUCAUGCAUGCGCUGGAGAACGACAUCAAGCCCGCCUUUGGUGCAGCACAAGAGAUGCUGGAGAAUAUGUUGGCGCGAGGCGUCAUUAACUGGGGUCAACCCGUGACCAGUUUGCUUGAGGAUGGUAUGUUGUAUGUGCAGCAAGCAAAGGCGUCAGAGAGCUCGGGACUCGUCUCCGUGCUCAUCGAGGGUGCUCCCAAUUCGGGCAAAUCGGCGCUGGCCGCCAAUCUGGCCAAGAUGAGCGACUUUCCCUUUGUCAAGGUAUGUUCGCCCGAAGACAUGGUCGGCUUCACCGAAUCCGCCAAGUGUCUGCACAUACGCAAGAUCUUCGAUGACGCGUAUCGGUCCACGCUCAGCUGCAUCGUCGUAGACAAUGUGGAGCGACUGCUCGACUAUGGCCCCAUUGGACCGCGUUACUCCAACCUCACGUUGCAAGCGUUGCUGGUGCUGCUCAAGAAACAACCACCUAAGGGUCGCAAGCUGCUUAUCUUGUGCACUUCGAGUCGACGCGAGGUGCUCGAUGAAAUGGAAAUGCUUUCGGCCUUUACAUCCGUCCUCCAUGUGUCCAAUUUAUCAAGUCCUGAGCAUGUGCUGACCGUACUGGAGGAUUCCAAGCUCUUUGGGCACGAGGAGCUGCAGAAUAUUGCCAGAAAUAUGGCAGGGAAGCGUGUGUGCAUUGGCAUUAAGAAGCUAUUGGCGCUCAUCGAUAUGGCUCGGCAAUCGGAACCGAAUUAUCGUGUCACCAAGUUCCUCACGAAGAUGGAGGAGGAGGGCGGCUUGGAUAUGGUGGCGAGAACGCAGUAGCUACCGCCUGUUCUGGAACUGCGAAUGUCAGUUGUGGAGCUUGACGAUGCUUUCUGAAUGAUGCAGAAAACCAAGCAGCAGGUCCAAAAGUGAAAUGCACCAUUGAAUUAGCUCAAAAAGAAAAAGAACAUAGAUAUAUAUAACUAUAUAUAAAUAAUAUUAUACAAAUGUUUAACCGACCAAUUGAAUCACGUUUAUAGAGACACACUCACAUUCCACACGAAUCCCAGCGACGUCGACACCUCCUGAGCCUUGUCGAAUGAUUGUCAAAAGUGUUCUUGACAUAUAUUCGUAACUAUAUUAGAUAGAGACAAAUAGUUACCACCUACAUAUAGAUUUAUAUAUCUAUGUAUAACCUUGUAGUUGUAUUGAUUUAUCCGAAAUGCCACUUACAAUUUAUAUUCAUGUGUAUUUUUGUUGUGUAUUAAAUGUGUUCGAAUUUGUAAGCACAAAACGCAAACGCAAUUGUAACUGAUUGUAUUCAGUAUCUAUGGAUAUAUAAAUACCUCGCUUUUCAGUCAAAUUGUGACGAAAUUUUAUAAUUGUCUACUACUACAAAAUAUGCUAAUGUUUUAUAUAGAUGUUAAGUGUCUAUUUUGACUACACUUUUGCGAUUUGUAUUUUUCCCCCAAUGAACGAUCUUUUUUGAUAAAGCGCUGAAGUUCACACUAGCGCCAUUUUGCAUAGUUGCGGCUCAUGUCGCAAACUAAAUAUGUCGCCGCACAAAAGUAGACUAUAAAAAAAGUAGGAACAACGCACAAAGGCGCAAAAAAGAGGCGUGGCAAGUUCGAAUUGUACUUUUCGAACUCGCAAUUGUUAAAACAUAUUUUAAAUG